UAUUUUGUAGCCAAGUCUAAGUUGCACAUUAUAUUAAAAACCAUCAACCUUUUUCCCCCUUCUAUAAUGGAUCCAACUUACUUUUAAAGGCCAAAUUCGUUCCUUGCAUCCCAAGUACUUUGCAUCCCUCCUCUCUUAUAUAUAUAUGCACAUAAACUUCAAACUGCUCAUAUAUGACCUUUACAUUUUGUACUUAAAUGAAAAGAUAACAACAGUAUUACCAGAAGUAUACAACUUUAGUCUAAAGCAAACUAAACUAUGGCUACCAAAUUUUACCCACAUAAUUCCAUCACCAAGAGCCAAAGUUCAUGUUGUGAGAGUGAUUGUAAGGCAAUACAUGAGUCAUGGGGGAGGCUAAGCACGUUGGUUUGGACUCUUGCGAAACGAACCACUCAAGCGGAGAGGAGACAAAUCAGGGAGACUUACAAGACAAUGUUUGGGGAAGAUAUAUUGAGCCAUUUACAAAGGCUUAAGCUCAGAUUAUCAGGAAAUUCUGAGGAGUCAAAGUUUUCUGUAAAAGCUUGUGAGGCUUUGUUCCUUUGGAUGGCUGAUUCUUGGGAAAGAGAUGCUUGUUUCGCAAAUGAUGCACUUGAAGGAAAUGAAACUGAUUAUAAGGCUUUACUUGAAAUUUUUGUGGGUAGGAAAUCAAGUCAUGUUCUCAUGAUCAAACAAGUUUACCAAACAAGGUUUAAGAGGUUGAUAGAUCAAGAUAUUGUCAGCUUAGAACCUCCCCAUCCUUGCCAAAGGAUAUUGGUAGCAUUGUCAACUUCCCAUAAAGCCCAUCAUGCUGAUGUGAGCCAAGACAUAGCAAAAUGUGAUGCAAUGAGGCUGUACCUAACUGGGGAAGGAAGCUCAGGAUUUAUUAAUGAAGCUGUAGUUCUUGAAAUCCUAAGUAAAAGAAGUAUCCCUCAGCUUAAACUCACUUUGUCUUCCUAUAAACGAAUUUAUGGUCACAGUUACACUAAGCAAUUGAAGAAGCUGAAUUCAACACAAUUUGAGGACGCGUUAAGAAACUUAAUAGAGUGUAUUCAAAACCCUCCUAAAUACUAUGCCAAGAUGUUGCAAAGAAGCAUAAACGGCGAGGAAGAGAAGAAGGGAUCAUUAGCGCGGUUGAUGGUGAGCAGAGCUGAGAUAGAUAUGAGUGAAAUUCAAAAGAUAUUUAGGAAAAAGUAUGGGUUGGAACUUAGAGAUGCAAUAUGUCAGGCCAUUCCAGCAGGGGAUUACAGAGAUUUCAUGUUGAUAUUGGCUGACAAAUGCUAAUUAUGGUACCCUUAAUCAUUAUUAACUAUAAUGAAUAAGGAUUGUUAGGAUUAGUAAACUACUCCCUCCGUUCCAUAUUAUAGUACCUGAUUUUAUUUUUUCACGAGUAUUAAGUUAAAUAGAAUCUAAGAGGAAAGUAAAUAGUGUUUGUGUAUUGAAAAUAUAUGGUAUUGGAAAAAAGCUGAUUUUAGGAGAUAGAAUGACGGUAAUUGGUGAAAGAGCAUUAAAUGCAUGACUAAUUAAAUCUUUUUUUUUUUUUGAAAGAAAAGGGAUUUCAUUAAUAUUUCGCCAAACGGCACUUACAAGUCAUUUCUGAAAAACAUAAAAUUCUAAUAGAAAUAUAUCACCCUAGAAAUGUAAACAUCGCAGAUUUACUUAAUUUUGCCUUAAUAAAAAUCUUCAUCUGAAGCAAUGCAAUCUGUGAGUUCGCUCUGGUUCGGCAUACGAUCUGCAGAUGCGGAAAUUUUGGGAUGAACGUACUCCAAUAGUCUUCCAUAAUUUAAACAAAAGUUGUGAAACCCUAAUUCUUCAGGUUGAAUCUCGAACUUCAACCAAUGAGAAUAAUUUCUCAAACCUAAAAAAAAAGAACCAUACUCACAACUCCCAUAGGGGAGAAGGAGAUUUCCAAAACAGAAACUAAAAAACCCAUAAAAGGGUUUGAGAAAAUCUCAUAAAGAGAUACUAAUUUAUUGAACAAAACAAAAAAAUGAACUAAAAACUGAAAAUAAAAGGGAAAAGGGGGCUUACCAUGGAUACUAAUUAAAUCUUUGAGUUGAACAAAACAAAGCAAAAAACUAUUUCCAAGAGGCAAAUAGAUAAUGGUGGUACAAUUUUUUUAGGAAAAUCAUGGAAAUGUAUGAAAUAAAAAAUGAAAACAAUAAUUAUAUUUUAGAAUAUUUUAAAAGAAAAGAAGCACUAUAAUAGGAGACGUGGGUAGUAUUAUCAUAUAUUGUACAUGCUGUUCUAUAGACUAUAGUGUAACAGUUGCAAGCAUAGUACCACAAGUAUAACUAGCUUUCAAGAUCAGUGGCUUUUCCAUUUUGGUGGAAAUUAAGAAAGGGACUUUCCACUUUUGUGUUAAAAAGGGUUCGUUAUUUUAAUGAUCAAGUUUGGUUAAGGUUUUGUCUUAAUCUCUCUUUUA